UUUACUUAUUAUUCUUACACUGUUUGUAGUAUUUCUAUAUCACAAUCAAUAUUUACCUUUAAUUCGUAAAAAUGUACUUCAGUUGAGCAUUCUCAGCAAUAUGAUAUUGUCUAUGAUUACGCUAUAUUUCUUGGUUCAGAGUCGGUUCAUUCACACCAGAUCGCAACAGGUUGAGUCGGACUCUGGGUUACUAGUUGUAAAAACUAUUCAAUCACUGGCAAAAAGCAUAUCGUAUUUUCAACUUAGAGAAGACAGAGUSACAGCAGAUGAACUGCUUGGACUUCGCAUUGCAAAAGAUGCACUUUUAAGAGUGGUAGAAAACUGUGUAGGAUCCCCUGGAAUAUAUGUACCUAAUGAUAUCCUAGAAGAUAUCAAACUAUUGUGUGCCAAAUUCAACGUAUUGAUACCAAGAGUACUAAAUAUCUACAAACAUGCAAACAUCACUCAAGGUUUUAAGAAAUAUAUAUCAUCAGAAUGGCCUGGUUUUCUUCCAUACAAGUCAAUCAAUAUUGAAAAACAAGACAGAAUUGACUUACAAAUAAUGGAUAAAGCUGUUCCAUUGGACUUUCRGUUGUGCAUAGGAGACUUAAAUCAACUUGGUAAAAAAUGCAUCAUAAGUGUCAACUGUUUUAAGAUUCUUGAACCUAAAAUGGCACCUGYRUCUGUUAUUGUUGAUCAAGCAGUCAUACUUUCCACAUUGCAAUUGUUAGGUUGCUCCAGUAAAGUAAAUGACAAAUGGAAGAAAAUCACAGUUGAAGAAUUAUCAGAUGAUAUCUGCUACAAGCUUUACCCUAAAGUAUCAUCUUUUCAUGAUUCUGACACCAACCAAGAAGGAGAWGAUGUUUUGUCAUUUCUUGAUGCUUUUUUUGUUUGUACUCUCUUGGGAUUUGAAGACUUUUUGCAAGUAACACACCUGAGAAUUUCUGAUAUUAUUAAAUGGCAACUACCUCGUGGUUGUUUUGGGAUUGAGAUGACUAUAAAAGAUGGCACUGUGAAAGAUGGUAGGUGUUUGCCAGAAAUGACUAGUGUAGCUGUAGGACAGCUUGGCUUAUAUCUGAAGUGGUUAAUAGAUCCMAAAGGUUUUGCAUUGUCUUCAAGAAAUCAGCCAUUCAAGAAACCUGGGUUACUAACAUUCUUUUUACUUAAGAUUCUUUUUGUUAUUUUUAUGUUAUCACCUUUCUUUGUCAGGAAAAUUAGAAGAGGAUUGUGGGUAGUGUUGGGUAGAUUUCUUUCAUUGUUUAAGUCAUUCUUUCGUUUAUAGCCAAAUUGCAUUCAAUUUUCUAUUGUAAAAUAUUUUAGUUUUYUUUCUAUAAAAUGACUAGAGAAUUACCCAGGAGAAACUUCACCAGGGUGGAAAUGCUUAUAUGAUGAAUGUUGAAUAUGAUCUGUAUACUGAUUUAUUUAUCCAGAUUGAUAGAGAAAAAUCAACCACUUGAGUGUAGUAUUUUGGAAGUGCAAUAAUAGCUUAGUUUGAGCACUUCCAUGAGCAUUCCCACCACUGGAAAACUGCAUUACAUUUGCAUUGAUGUUUUUUAACUAUCAAUUUCUUGUAUUCUAUUAUUACAGUCAAACUUGUGUGAACUCAUAGACAUUAUUCUUGAUUUCAAGAAUCGAUUAUUCAACUGAUUAAUCAAAUUGAAAAAUGCUCUUCCUCAGCUUUCAAAAGUUUGUUAAAUGAAUAUCUCAUUUAGAACUAGUUUAGCUUUAUGAGAAGAACACAAUUUUGAAUCUUUUAAAGCGCCACCAGGUAUCUAUAAAUUGCAUUUUGCAAUUUGAUUAUUCAGUUGAAUAAUCUAUUCAGUAGUUUGACUGUAACAGAGCAAAUAUUAGAGAGAAUUUUGCUAUUUGGCCACUUUGGCUAUUAUCAACACUUAUUUAAAAGUUUAUCUACAUAUUAGUAACUAUUCAAUAAAUACAUGCAGUAUAUAUAAAACUGCUAAGACACAUAGACCUGUGAAUAUGAAUCCCUUCAAUAUGGCAUGAUAUUUGUGCAUAAAUAUGAAAAUCAAAUUACUGUGUGUAAACAUUUUAAUAUGUGAUAUAAUAUGAAGUAUGAGUURGAGACCUUUAURGGCAUUUAAAACUACAGGCUKGAAGUGAGCAGUUUAAAGUCCAUAAGGGUCAGUCAUGAAUAUUCUAUAUAGCUUAUCAAAUCCCAACAAAACUAAAGCACCUUUAAGUAAAAAACYUCAAGAUAAAAUAUUGUUUUAAGAGAAAAUAGAAGUUAAMGUUGUAUGCAAAUCGGGAUAAGUAUCUUGCUGAUAUAAAGAUUUUGUCAUGGCAA